AUGGACGACGCAAGCAGGCGUGCUCUCGAGCAAGCGCUCCACGACAUGAGGUCCAUGGCGCAGCAGAGGCCACAAGUGGUGCAACCAGAACAGCACGCACACUCUCCUCGCCCGUACCCAUCGGAAGCGCGCAUCUUCUCUCCAGUACCGCUACCCUCACACGAACAAUCGCAAACACCAGUAUCCACAACUCAGCCCGCACACCAAGGAUCCCCGGUCUUCCUUCCGAAUGGAGUCGUCUAUCGUAACGCAACCACAACAUCGCAGUCACAAGCAUCGACAUCUACAACUCAAACCACACGUAAAAAGUCCACAGUCUUCCUUCCAAACGGAGGCAUCUCCUAUAACAUACCCCCAGUGUCACAAGUAGGAACAAUGAUGUCUCAGCAUGCAUAUCAGCCUGCGCAACAGCAGCGAGAAUCCAGUCUUCAUCUUUCACAUUCUUUGAACAACACAACUCAGCGCGCGUACCAGCCAACUCAAAUGCGUCCUGGCGCACCUCACGGACAAUUCAACCGUGGUCCGUACCAGCCUCGCCAGCACCCAUAUGGUGUGCCACCAUCUCGUUUUCCUCCUGUUCUGUCAGGAAGCUGUUCGCAAGGCAUGUCCCAUAUUCCUUUGCCUACCGGCUCAGCGUCGUCAACUAGUUGUGGCCCAAUCCAACCUCAAGCAUUCGACAUGCCGCAGGUUCGAACGCCUGAUGACCAGAAUCGCUUAUAUCGUCUUUAUGAAUCGCGGUCACGCCAGCAUCUGAUUGACCCACAAGCACCAUCGCCCGGUGGUGUGGAGUUAAGUCCUCAAGACCCAACUGAGGGCCAGGUAUUUCCGACAUCUCAGAGUAUAUCCAUUGGCGGUCUGCCAUUGUCAAGGCCUCAUAUCGGAGUCCCUGCAAAAUCUUAUGGUAGAAUACAACUUCCCACUCAGAAUCCAACAAGAGCUUUUACUCAGAACCCGUCACAAGCUCCCACUCAGAGCCCGUCACAAGCUGCGCAACCCAGCGUCCCGAAACCUGAGCACUGUCCACAGAUAAAGCAACGUGCUGGCCCUCAAGCCUCAAGUCCAUCGCAGGAUAAAACGAUACCUGUGACCGAGAGGUUAUUGCACACUUUGCCGCCCAACGUCUCAAAACCUUCUCACCCUCAUCAAGCAUCACCGCAGUCUUCAACAUCUCCUCCUCGUGUAUGGUACCCUGAGCUACAGACCGUCACAUAUGAGCUCCGGCUCCAAGCACAGCCCGUCAGUGAGGCCAAUCAUCCGAGCCAAAAGGAACUUGUCGAUGCCAUGCAAAUGCGCUGUUGUAAGAAGCUGCGCCCGCAUGAGUUCAUGGACUAUCUCACGAUGGAACACAACGCGCGUUUUAAAUCCGGAGGGUUCAGAGUGUACGACAUGCUCUUCAUGCAAACGUUGCUCUUCGCCAAUGACCAAGUGCUCCUUGUCACCAGAAAGCUGCAAACCUCAUGUUGGGAACCUCCUCAGAGUAUCUGGCAUGUGAGUGAUAUGUCGGGGCUCUGUACUCAAGCGCUGAUUCUUGAGCACAUGUUCAAGGUUUUGAACAACGUUUCGGAUCUUCAACCUAGAGAAAUUGCGCGUUGCGCAGACCACCAGCGAUAUGAUACCGCAGUCAACAUUGUCAAAGAGAACGGCAGUUUGAUCUACGGAUGGUCAAUAACCAUAUCGUGUGAGAUCAAACCACAGUUCGCUGGGCUCAGACUUCGAAACUGUUCUCAGGAGCUGUACGCACACUUUUUCAACGAGAAACAGGUUGAGAGUCUUAGAAUGGACCCUGUUUGGAAAGCAAAAGUGCUCAAGAUCUUCGAGGUCAGAAGGAAGGCAAGACACGCAAAGCGCGAGGAUUCUUUGAUGAACAGAAUUGGGCCUGUCAAUUUUGGUAAGGCUCUUGAAGAGGACGCCAGCGGAUGGCAAGUCCACCCACCUUCUUUUGGCAAAUGGUCCGAGGUCCAGGAUGACUACGGAGAGGAAUGGGGAUUCUGCAAGGCAAUCGCAGGAUUGGGAAUAUCAGCGUUGGUUUUGGAUUUUUGCGCACUAGGAUACCCUCUCGCUUUCGCUAUACACUUAGCUUUCAUACACUGA